CCUUGCUAACACUGGCUGUGUCUGUAGUCGCUGAGCACUCUGCCUCCGAGACACCAAGACCAUUCCUAUAAAGCCAGGAUUCUGCUGCUACGAUGGCAGAUGAGAAGAGACUGUCUGCGAGGCGUAAGCAUACUCUGAAAGGAUCCAUGCUGCUCGUUGCCACAAAUCUGUUGGACGCUGAAUCGAAUGUGAAGGUGUCGGAGAGAGAGAAGUUCCUGGAGGAGAAGGUUCCUCCUCUGGAGCUGCCGUACUCCAAGGACGAGCUGCUGGGGCUUGUUAAGACACUCCAUGAUCAGAUCGACAUCGGCGAGGAGGAGAGAUACAGCAUCGAGUUCAAACUGAACAUGGUGCUCAACGAGGUCCGAGACCUCAACAUAAAGAUUGUGGAUCUGAGAGGAAAGUUCAAGAGACCCCGUCUGAAGAAAGUCCGUAUGUCUGCAGACGCCAUGUUGAAAGCUCUUCUGGGCUCAAAACACACCGUGAACAUGGACCUGAGAGCAGGUCUGAAGCAGGUCAAGAAGGAGGUCAAAGAGGAGGACAAGCAGCUGCGCGAUGCCGGAGAUUGGCGUAAGAACAUUGAAGACAAGUCUGAUAGGAAGAAGAUGUUCGAUAGUUAAAUGUGAUUGUUGCAGGUCUGAUGUCUUUGUAACUGAAGAGUUUUAUUCCAAAAUGCUUCAUAUCCACAUUAAAAAACUACAUUAUACUUGUAUUGACUGCCGUGGAAGGAAAUGUGUUAACAAAUGUGAAUACUUUGGAUAAUUUUUUAAAGUAAAAUGACUCAAGCUAAGAAAGAUGAUAGUGUUUAUGGUACAGUAAGUGAUGAAUGAAAGUCAAAUUAAUUCUAAUUAAUAAUUAAUUAUCUAAUGCAUGAGUUCAGUUUCACAGUUUUUACUUACUUUUUACUAAAAUCUUUAAUAAAUGUCGGGUAGAUGAGACUGGUUUCAGGUAGUUUCUGGAUAUUUUGCGUUGGAACAAAACUCUUCAGUUGAAUCCAAGCUGCCUUCUGCUUUUGUCUGUAUUGACACUGUAGUGUGACGAAUUUGUACUGUAUGUACUGAUGUAAGUAUUAGUACACGAAUGGUAAAUCCAUCCUGCUGUUGUUCUCUGAUGGCUGACUUAUGCUUCUGCAGCAAAACAUUGCUAAACCUGCUAGAAACAUACCUUCCUCUACACAAAAAUUAACUAAACUCCAGUAAUCAAAUGACCUAAUUCAGUGUGUAAUUGAAUGUGUGACCGGUACGUUAAAAAAGUAUUCGAUUUCUUACUUAAUUUUCUGAGCCCAUUCUUGCCAAUUCCUAGUGAAAGAGGAAAAUAGUUUAACGUUAGCCAAUAAGUUGCUUUAGCAUGGCAAGCUAACAGUCAACGAUGUAUGAAAAAAACCACAAGCUGCGUUAGCCUGGCAAGCUAACUGUCAGUAAUGGAUGAAACAACCACAAGUUGUGUUAUCUUUUCAAGCUAACGGUCAGUAAUGGAUGAAACAACCACAAGUUGUGUUAUCUUUUCAAGCUAACGGUCAGUAAUGGAUGAAACAACCACAAGUUGUGUUAGCAUGGCAAGCUAACGGUCACCAAUGGAUGAAACAACCACAAGUUGUGUUAUCUUUUCAAGCUAACGGUCAGUAAUGGAUGAAACAACCACAAGUUGUGUUAUCUUUUCAAGCUAACGGUCAGUAAUGGAUGAAACAACCACAAGUUGUGUUAGCCUGGCAAGCUAACGGUCACCAAUGGAUGAAACAACCACAAGUUGUGUUAUCUUUUCAAGCUAACGGUCAGUAAUGGAUGAAACAACCACAAGUUGUGUUAGCAUGGCAAGCUAACGGGCAGUAAAAGUUAUUUAAAAAACCCAGAACUUAGAUUGCAGAAGUAUAACUCAGCCCUCGUCUGUACUAAACAACAUCAUGCUAUCUUUUCUAAGCUGUUCAAACAGAAGUGUGAUGUACUUUAAUCGUCUUGUUGCUGUCACAUUAAAUACAGAAGCUUCAUGUUCA